AUGGACCUCCCGCCAGGCUUCCCCGGCGCAGCGGGUGGCGCAGCGGGCGGCGCAAACCCCGACAUCACGGUGGGCGCGGGCAACGAUCCCGCGACCAGCCCCGGCGACGGGCCAGCGAACAUCCUGCCGGCGGAUCCCGCCGCCGGGGAGGCGGUAGACGACCUGACCGAUCCCGCCACCCCCGCCACUCCCGCCCCGCCCGUCGAUUUCCCCGAUGCCGGCGCGACGAUCAGCGCGCUGUUCGAUAUGUCGCUGGAGGGGGCCGACAUGGAGCUUGCGCGCACGCUCAAGCCGCAGCCGCUCCCCGCGGACACGCCCGCGGAGGUGAAGAAGUUCGCCGCGGGGAUGGAGGCGAGCGAGGCGGCGGCGGCGGCGGCGGGCGCGCCUGGGCGCAAGCUCGCGGGCGUGCCGGCGUGGAUGCGGCAGACCAACAACACGACGCCCUUCGGGUUCUACCCGUAUGACACCCCCCUGUACCACCCCUUGUUCGGCAUGUCUGUGAAGGCCAAGAACGGCACAUGGUACACAUAUGUCAGUCCCAAGAACCAGUGGCGGGGAACGGCUGACUGGGCCACGGGCUUCUGGACCUGCCGUUUCACGGCGCCCCACCCCAGGAAGGGUUUCAACUGCGCGGCGGACCCCACCUGCCCGGGCUGCCCUCGCUGCCGCGGCUGGCGCUGCUUCCGCAACAUGCACCUGCCCACCUACGGCUCCCCCAAUGCCAACGUGUAUGUAUCGAGCCUGAUGCUGGCUGCUGCGUAUCCCAAGGAGUACGGCGUGUGCAUGAGAGCCGGCACGCCCAACGCAACGUGCAUAUUCGACCCGACCACCGGCGUGGGCAUUGGCCUCAGGGUCCCUGGCCUUACACCCUCGAAGCCCUAA